AAAGAAGUAAAAUACCAGAAAAAAAAACUUUAAUUUCCACUUCUAUUCUUGGCCAACGCCGGCCGUCCGGCGACCACCGCGCCCGGGAGCUAACCUACCUACCCUCCCCUACGGCGGCGAUGGCGAGGCACGAGGCGGCGGCGGCGGGCGUGGACUUCCACCUGCCGGACGAGAUCCUGGCCGUGAUCCCCACCGACCCGUACGAGCAGCUGGAUGUGGCGCGCAAGAUCACCUCCAUGGCCAUCGCCUCCCGUGUCUCCCGCCUCGAGGCCGACGUCGCGCGCCUCCGUAGUGACCUCGCCGACCGCGACCGCGCCGAGGCCGGCCUCCGCGCCCGCCUCGCCGACUCCGACGCACGCCUCCUCGCCGCUCUUGAUGAUAACACGAAGCUGGCGAAGGAGAGGGACUCGCUUGCCGCGACGGCCAAGAAGCUGGCGAGGAACUUGGCAAAGCUGGAGGCAUUUAAGAAGCAGUUGAUGAAAUCAUUGAGUGAAGAUAAUUUGUUGCAAUUGUCCGAAACUGGUCAGGAUCAUGCAGCAGAAGAUAAUUUGACUGCCCAAGUCCCAUCUUGGAAAGAUGAAGUUUCAAGCAGUCACACUUCUUCAGAUGCUUCCAGCAGAUCUACAAUUACUGAAUCCGCCCAUGGUGGAGGAUACCAGUUCUCAAUCACGCCAUACAUGCCUCCAAAAUUAACUCCUGGUUCAACACCUAUGAUUUCGUCCUCCGGUGGUUCCCCUCGAGCUUAUUCAACUGGUCCACCAUCUCCCAAGUUCUUAUCUGGUCCAACUUCUCCUACAAGAACUCGAUCUGAGGGCCAAUCGGCAUUUUCAUCAUGGCAAGGAUCGUCAAGUCAUCAGUAUUCAGCACCUACAUCUCCUCCUCAACACCGCUUAUACACAGGGCGGCCUCGUAUAGAUGGAAAGGAAUUCUUCCGACAAGCACGGACAAGACUUCCGUAUGAGCAAUUUGGAGCAUUUUUGGCGAACAUCAAGGAGUUCAAUGCUCAGAAACAAUCUCGAGAGGUCACCCUGUCAAAAGCUGAAGAGAUUUUUGGAACAGAGCGCAAAGAUUUAUACAUUUCUUUCCAGAAUAUGCUUAAUCGCAAUCAUUCAUGAACAUCUGUCACAGACAGCUCAUUUUUCUCUUAAACAAGCAGGAAAGCAAGUUGUUGGAAUAAACACUGUUCUUUCACAGGUCUCAAUAUCAAAUUGAGAGAUGUCUGUAUAUAGGCCACCUUAAUUUGAGCUGUUCAUCCCUCAAUAAUUUGAUGUAAAUAGACCUGAUAAUGCAUUUCGAGAAGUCAAUGCAUUUGGGGAGCUGAAACUGAAAAGGAAAAAUCCAUAACUAUCGAAAUUUUGGUCUGUGUAGUUAAGCAUACAUUCACAUUCCUUGGCACUUCAUGUCUUCCUGCUGUAAAUUCGGUUGCAAAUCCCUUGAGGUGUGUCUUCCCUUUGUAGAAAGCUGUAUAAUACUGUUCUUUGCCGCUGUUCAAACUGCCAAGUGUACGCAAAAUUGAUGUAAUUACGGAACAUGUGUUCUGUAGUUCUGUUUCUGUCCGAUGGAUAAAGUGAUUGUGAAUUUUUGUUGGAUAAUUCAUUCCAUUGUUGAUCGCUCGAUCUUAACCA